AUGGACGGUCCUCAUAACGAGCAUGAAACGAAAGUUGAGCAUGACGAAGGCAGAGGGAGCGCCUCACCUCGACCCGUCAAUGAGCCCACGGUAUUCUCAGCGAGAGAGGACCAUGGCCAGCAGCUGCCACCACAUCUACAACUGCCCCAAAACGAGGCACAGGCCUCAGACGCUGAGCCAUUCCAGCCGCUCGUCGAGGAGCUGAAGCGACUGAAUCCAGAUGACCCGCAACUCGCACACCAAGCUGCCUAG